UAUUUUUUUUUCUUUUUUUUUUUUUUGGACAACUAAAGUGGCGGAUGAAUGGCGAUUGCAUGCAGCAGAGAUGUGAAUGUUGCGGUGGAUGUGUGGAGUAACGAGAAUAAAUAGAAUAUGGAAUUAAUGUGUUGGAGGAAGUCUGAAAGUGGCACUUGAGACCGAGAAGCUGAGAAGUGCGCGCUUGGAAUGGUAUGGACAUGUGAUGGGACGAAAUAAAAAUGAGGUUAGUAAGAGAAUGCUAACUAUGAAUGUGGAAGGAUAUAGAGGAAGAGAUAGACCUAAGAAGAAAUGGAUUGAUUGCGUGAAAAACGAUAUGGGUAAGCGAGGAGUGAGCGAAGAAAUUGUAUAUGAUAGAAGAGUAUGGAAGGGAGAAGGGCAGGAUAAUGAUGAUGAUUUAAAGAAACUACUUUUUAAAUAAAUUAUAUCGAUAAAAUCGACCUUAAAUGACAUGACUAUCGUGUACAGGCGAAACAAAACGUCGCCUGAACACGAUGGGUGACUAGAGUUACCGGCUGAAAAAGCCGCCGCCUGUACACAAUGGGUGACUUUAAUCACUGGCUAAAAACACCAUUAAGCACGUUGAGUGAUGUGCGCACUUUCAUCACGGAGCUCCGUUUCCUGCGAAACACUUUGCAGCGCGUUUUGUCGUAGUGAAACGCUUAAGUGUAUAAUUUAAAACGAAAAUUCAGAGGCGGUUAACGUGGGCAAAGCUGCAUACGAUUGCUAAGAGCUUACAUAUGACAAAACAAUACAAAUGGCAAAUUUUAUGCACUUUCUUUUUAAUAAAUUUAUUCCACGCUCAAAACUGAAGUGACACUAAAAUUCUUAUUAUUUCACUCCUCUGGUCGGCUCUGGUUCUUGAUAAAAAGUUCUGUUCCCACCAUAGAAUGUACUUAGUUUUACGAUACAGAUUUCCUUUGCCUAUCCAAUUAAUUUAAUUUGACAUGUGGAGAAAAUAGAAUCGAAUCGAUUACUGACAAAAAAAAUUGUUUAUAUUUAAUAUUAAUGGAAAAACCACGAGGAAAAAAACCUUUGGAUCUAAUUUAAAUAAACAAACACUAUUUAUUAAUAAAGUAAUGUUAGUAAUGCAAAUAAAUGCUAAUAAUGCAAAGAAAAUGCAUUACAUUUGUACUACAAAUUCCUGUAGAUUUUGUUUAGCCCAUGUUAAUAGUGUUGAUACAAAAGUAUUCAUUGUAGGCAAUUUUUCGUAAUUUAAGUACCUAUGUUUGACGUUCAUAGUCAACCAAAACUUGGCUCCAUACCAAGGUGAUUUAUUCACUGCGUUUUCCCGUGAUCAGGAAGAGACCUUGUAGAAAUAUGAAUAUGUUACAUAAUAUAAUUUUGCAAUGGGAGUUUACAGCAAAUUUGCAAAUGCGUUCAAUAAAUAUCCUUUACUUAGAGGAAUGGCUUCCUAUGGCAUAAUUUGGCCUCUUUCUAGUCUUGUACAGCAAUCUUUUGAAGGCAAGAACUUGGAAAACUACGACUGGUGUAGAUGUGCAAGGUUUGGUUUUUACGGCUCAUGCUAUGUAGCUCCGACUCUUUACACAUGGCUAACCAUAGCCAAUUCAGUAUGGCCUGGGAAUACAAUACGUGCAGGUAUAAAAAAGACUAUUGUUGAAACCGUUACUUACACACCGUUUGCAAUGUGUAGUUUUUAUUUUAUAAUGAGUUUAUUGGAAUCUAAACCCAUUCAUGAAGCAGCUGCUGAAGUAAAAGCAAAAUUUUUACCAACAUACAAGGUUGGUGCGUCAGUGUGGCCAGCAGUAGCAAUGGUUAAUUUCUGUUUUAUAAGCCCACAGAAUAGGGUUCCUUUCAUUAGUGUAUGUAGCUUUAUAUGGACAUGCUUUUUGGCAUAUAUGAAACAUUUAGAUCAAGAUAACGAACGCUUGAGACCUGGUAAACUGCUCUCAUGAUAAUUGGAAGUAAGGUCACCAUUCCCAAUAUCAUUAGUUACUAAAUUCUUAUUUGCCCAGCCAAAGCUAAAACAACUGAUGACACCUAUGUCAUAUGACACUUGAACCUUGAAAUUCAUCUGGUUUUUAUUGUGUUAUUUUCAAUGCAGUGAGAAUAAGUAAUUAAUUAAACUUCUAUCAUUUUUGGGAAUGGUUCUUUUACACCCAGUAUUAAUAGCCAAUUAUAGACGAAUUAUAUUAUUUAUUAUAAUUAUUUUAUUUAAAAAAUCUUUAAAAGAUUUUUAGAUCACUGAGUCUCAAUAAUGUGAUAAAAUCGCUAAUAAAUCUAUAAAAACAAUUGUGUUCAAAUUAUUAGGUAUUUUAUGAUAAGUACUAUAUAUUUAUUUUACACUAUGUAGUUUAAUAACAAGAGUAUAUUGCUAUAAAAAAUUGUUAUAGAUUAAAUGAUUUUAAUUCAUUCAA